UGAGCAUGCGCACUCGCGAGAGGUGGAGGUUUGGCACCUCCUGAAGGAGCGGCUGACUGUCAGCAGCCCAGAGUCACAGCAGCAGGCACGGGGAGAGAAAACUUCAGGUUAAAGUCCUUCUACAGUCCUGCUAUAGAAUGUCAAACAGCAGACUUGUUCAACACAUCCGCAGACCUCCUCAACCCCCCCCACUCAUCCUAGGAUGUUCAAAGUUGUUCCUCUGUGUCAUGCCCAUCGCUCAGAUUGCAAUCGGUGCGGUACACCUGGAUGACUGUCCGCGGCAGCACUACAUCCCCAUCUAUCUGAUCGUGGUGGGGGUCUUCGGUCUGGUGCUGUCCGUGCUGUCGUGCCUGCCCUGCGCUCAGGAGCCCAAAGAUGGGACCACGAACCCGCUCAGUCGAGUCUGCACCGCCUGGAACUCUCUGAGCUCCUUCUUCCUCUUCUGCUGGUUUAUCGCUGGUAAUGUGUGGAUCUACUCCAUCUACCAGCCCAACUACGCCAAGAACUCCACAGAUAUAGGUUCCUAUUGUAAUAAAACUCUAUACCUGUUUGCCUUCUGGACCACCACCCUGGUCUACAUCCUGCUCGCCGCCUUCCUGAUCGGCGGGUGCUGCGUCCUCGGCUGCAUGUUCCUGUGCGGCCGAGCUGACCCCGACGACGACGUGUAGGGACAGAAACAAAAGAGCGAAGGCGACAGGAAGCGGCUCGUCGGGGCCCACGCGUUGAUGUUUGAUGCUGAGUCUUCGCUACCUCUGCAGAAGUUUCUCUCGCCGCCUUUCCAGUCUGUGUACAAACACUCGUUGUUUACAUGUUAAGCCAGUAAACAGGCUUAAACUUGACUUAUAGUAUAAGAUAUAAUAAUUAUGUGUGUGAAAUAAUUUUAGUUACCACUUAUAUUUGUGCAGAAAGAUACUUUA